AUGCUGAAGUUUUGGUAUUUUUUCCUCCUGUUACAUUUGCUCAUCCAGCAGCUUGAUGCUAACCCUGGGCUCAAAGUGAGGAUCACACAGAAAGGGCUGGACUAUGGCAAGGAGAUCGGGCUGGAGAUCCUGAAGCAAAGAAUAAAAGAAGAAAGCUUCCCAGAUUGGAGUGGCCAGGAGAAAUCUGGAGUUGGCGAUGUGGACUACACAAUUUCAGGGGUAAGAAUUAACACCAUUGAAUUCCCAGAUGCUUCCGUAUCCCUCAUACCUGGGAUUGGAAUUAAACUAUCAACUCAACGUGCUUACGCAACCAUCAGUGUGAACUGGAGCAUCAGGACCUGGUUGUUCAAAGACAGCGGAAGUGGUACAGUGUCCAUUUCAGGAGUAUUUAUUACAGCAGUCUUUACCAUGUCACAAGAUAGCACAGGUCACCCAUCAAUGUCACUGGACAGCUGCCAGAUGAGUAUUAGGGGUGUGGAAGUCAAGCUGAAUGGAACAAUCAGCUGGCUCUAUAAAUUCUUUACUAAAUACCUGGAGAAGCCCAUUCAAAGGAGCUUGGAUACACAUUCAUGUCCAAACAUCAGACAAGGGAUUCAGCAGAUUGAUGCACAGCUCAGAACACUUCAGGUCCCAACCCAGAUGGAUGCCUUUGCCCAAAUAGACUACUCCCUAGUUAACUCUCCAGGAGUCUUCCGAUCAUACAUUGAUCUGGACUUAAAGGGCGCAAUCUAUCCAGUUGGAAAUUGGACUGACCUUGCCUUUGUACCAGCUCCCUUCAUUCUCCCAGACAAAAGUGAUUCCAUGCUUUACUUUGGCAUCUCUGAGUAUUUCUUUAGGUCUGCCUCGCUGGCUUAUUACACAGCAGGGGCCUUCAACAUCACCAUCGUAGAAGAGCUUUCCAGUUAUUUUAAUGUAACGACAGAGACAUUUGGCAGCAUCAUUCCUGAGAUUGCCAAGUAUUAUGUAGAGGCACGGCCCGCAAUGUUGAACCUGAGGGCUGCUGCUGCACCUGUGGUCAGUUUACAGACAGACACCUUUACUCUAGAAAUCUGUGCCACCAUGGAGGUGCUUGCUGUCCUGCCAGACUCAACCACCCAAUCCAUCUUUACAGUGAACAUAAUAGCGAACACCAGUGCCAGUCUGACUAUAUUUGAACAGAAGCUGAUUGGCUCAUUAUGUCUGAACAGAUUCCAGCUCUUCCUGGCCGACUCCAGUGUUGGGUUCUUUGAGGUCUCACUUUUGGACAAUUUCCUGUCUUACGUUUUACGGAAUGGAGUUAUCCCAGCAGCCAAUGCUAAACUGAAGAAGGGAUUCCCUCUUCCUAACCUGGACCAAAUUACCCUCCUCAGACCUGUUGUUAAAGUUAACGAGGGUUAUCUGCUGAUUUCCACUGACAUUGACUACAAACUCUAA